GGCGUGUUAACCUAUUAUUAAGCCAGCCGACAUUACAACACCUCACUUUUUUUCCUCUCUUCGCCUUUAACGCCGGCGUCUCAACCCUUAAGGAAGCACAGAAUAUUUGUUUAUAGCUUCUUUCUCUCUGUUUUCACCUUUGAUCCAUUGUUUCCGCUUUAUAAUGGCAACUAGGCUUCAGUUUGAAAAUUCAUGUGAUGUUGGAGUCUUUUCCAAGCUGACUAAUGCUUACUGCUUGGUUGCAAUUGGAGGGUCAGAAAACUUCUACAGUGCUUUUGAGUCAGAGUUAGCAGAUGUCAUUCCUGUCAUUAAGACCUCUAUUGCUGGCACUAGAAUAAUAGGACGGCUGUGUGCUGGAAAUAAGAAGGGGCUUCUUGUUCCCCACACCACCACAGAUCAAGAACUUCAACACUUGCGAAAUAGUCUACCAGAUCAAGUCGUUGUUCAGCGCAUUGAGGAGAAACUAUCUGCUUUGGGGAACUGUAUAGCAUGCAAUGACCAUGUUGCUUUGACACAUACUGAUCUAGACAGGGAAACUGAGGAGAUAAUUGCUGAUGUUCUAGGCGUAGAAGUUUUCAGACAGACAAUUGCUGGUAAUAUUCUCGUAGGGAGCUACUGUUCCUUUUCUAAUUGGGGUGGCUUGGUCCAUUCUCAUACAUCAAUUGAAGACUUGGAUGAGCUAUCAACACUUCUUCAAGUUCCAUUGGUGGCUGGCACUAUCAACCGUGGGAGCGAUGUAAUAGCUGCUGGAAUGACCGUAAAUGACUGGACCGCCUUUUGCGGGUCAGACACCACAGCAACAGAACUUUCUGUCAUCGAGAGUGUCUUCAAGCUGAGAGAAGCACAACCUAGUGCCAUUGUAGAUGAGAUGAGGAAGUCAUUGAUCGACAGUUAUGUUUAAUUCUCGUUGUUGGGUUCUGCUCAUCCUUGGUCUAUAUUCAAGUUUUAUGUUAUGUUUAAAAUUAAUUAUAAUAAUGAAAAGUGUAAAUUUUAAAUCAGUGUGAAACUUUGGAUGUUUGAUGAAAGCAAAGAACAUGUGAAAAUUAUUCCUCCCCUGUAAACGUGUGUUAUAUCUUUGAAUAAUACAAUAAUUUAUAAUUCUA